AUGGAUCCAAAGACAUUUACGCUUCCUAAAUCUAAAGAGAUGCACAAGUACUUUUCGUCAGUUCCAUUUACAGCCUGUAAAAUCAUCGAAUUUCUGCGCCAGCUCGAUGUCGACCAAAAACUAAAGAGUUCCGAACAGAGAUUGAUCGAAAGAAGUUAUGUGAAACACUUCGAAUCAUUAAACAAGGACAAAACUCUCCCGCAAUUCGCUCGAGAUCACGCGAACAAACUGAUGAAAGAGCUACCCUCAAAGGAAAUCGUUUCAUUUUGGGAUUCGAUAGUAGAACGUGAAAAACGUCGCGCCGUCGAGGAACAUGAUUACAAGUUGCUUGAACAAGUUCGAAACAAACAUGUCGCAAUUGGUGGUGCUGAUGUUGUUAGAGUGCAAAAAGAAUAUAAGGUAGACGAAGAAUUAUUGGAAGCUUCUACAGAGAAAAAGCGAAAAGACGAGGAUGAAGUGACACCUUCACCACCCACAAAAAGGUCUAGAUCAUCGUACUCACCAUCUCCAUCUGAAGUGGAAGAAUUACCUUCGUUGACAAUUGAUUCAGUUUUUAAUGAGGAACCCAUUACACAGGCACGAGAAACUUCGGAAAAUAAGAUCAGAACAAUUAGUACCGCCAAUGAGAUGGAAGUGAAAUCAACCUGUAACGAUAAUGACGAAGAAUCAUCAUCGUCUCCUCCUAAUCAGGAACUUCCUUCGAUAAUUGUAAACGAGGAUGGGGAUAUCAUGACUGACACAGAAAUGAUGCGUGACAGAUAUCUAAGAAUACGUCGGGAUCUAUGUGACCAUUCUUCACAGAAGGAUUGGUUUAUUGAAGACUACAAUGUUUCAGAUGGAUUUCGCAAAUAUCAAAUUGAUAAUAUUGACAAAUUAGUGGUUGGCAGAACUUUUGACUUUUCAUCAAAUAGUGAGGCGAUCCUGUCCCUUCACAAUAUCAUGUUCAUUGAUUCAACAACAAUGAGAAAACCUUCGUACUUAGAUAUAGAUGAUGACCGAAAAUGGCGUAUUUCUAUACGUCAGCCAAAGCAACAAAUUCCACCCAAUUUCCUUGGAGAAAUAAUGGACGAAUAUGAAGCGGAGAUAAAUGAUAUAGAUGAACUUCGUUCCAAGUUCUAUGAUAUGUGGGUGAAAUAUCGUGACAAAGUCAUUUAUUCAGAUAAUGAGAGGCGUUUGUUUGAAGCUAUCCAAGCAGUUUCGCGUGCAUUCUUUGAAAGGAUGCACAUGUAUCCAGAUUCAAGGAACAAAAACGAGGAUACGUUUGUACAUGACUAUGUACAUGACGCUUUUAAAGAAAUGUUCCGUGAUCCGAAUUAUGAGAUUAUUUGGGCAAAUACUGAAAGUCUAUCUUCAAGAGAGCACCGAGCGACUUACGGACGUUCCAAAGGCAGAAAACCGGACAUUACAAUAUAUCGAGUUAUGAAAAAAGACGAUAAAGAAGAAACAUGUAAAGUUGAACGUGAAGAAACAUGUUUCGUAGAAGCCAAACAUCUCUCAGUCACGAGAAAUAGCAAAAUUGGAGGCUACAAUCGUUAUAAAGUAGCCAUCCUUUGCCAGGGGGGCAUCAACAGAAUAAUUUCUUCACGUGGAAACAUACCAAAACUUAAGUCCUUCGGAGGACAUAUUUGUGAGGGUUAUAUCUAUUUGGGAAUGAUGGAUCUAGAGUAUGACGGGAUCUACCGAUACUUUCAACUCUCCGAAAUUAAACUCGCUCAAAAACUUUCUGAGUUUAACCUCGUGAGAAAGUUAAUUGUAGAAACAUUUUAUUUCAAGUGUCGAAUUGAUAGUCUUUAUUCUAGUGAAAAUAAUGAGAGUUUAUCUGACAAUGUUUCUUGCCAUAAUGGAUUCUCCCGUAAUCCAACAAUCUCACCAAAGGCACGUAGAAGUACGAUGAUUCCAGUUGUUAGCUUGAUUAAAAAAACUACUGAAACCAAUAAUCGUAAAA